UAAAGGAUACAAUUUUAUGUUUAAUUGCAAAAAGAAAAUAGAUAUAUCCAAAUGGAUAGUAGCAAAAAGAGAGAAAAAGAAAGGGAAGACUGUUUGUCGUUUGUCAGUUUUAGAAAAUUCCUUCGCCGGUUGUCGAUAAAUCUACAGAGAAGGAGAAGCAACCAACAGAGCCAAACGCGUCCUUAUAGAGCUCGACCCCACCACGCAGAAUUGUUGUCACCUUCAGAGAGGCGGCUCUGCCUCUUCCGUCAGCUUUGGUUCUUAGAAGUUGGACCCAGUCCAUUCUGAUCCGUCACCAGUAAACAUUCAUUUCGGAAAGGAAACACUGUUUUAAAUUAGAUAAAUAAAGAUUAUAAAGAUUUUUGUCAAAUGGAAAGGUAAUUCAGAUAACCAAAUUACACUUCCAGUGUACGCGUUUUCAAACAUUAGAGAGUCCAACUACGCGAACACAGUUUUGGCUUUGAUCUCUAUCCAUUCCAAUUGCAUAUUUCUUUUUUUUCCACUUUUAAUGUUUUCGGUUUCGGUUUCUUCAACAAGUUGUGAGCUCGGUUUAUAAAUCAGGCUCGUCCAAAAGAGUCGUUUGGAGAGUUCGUGUUCGUGGCUGGGAUGAGGUUAAGAAUGGACGGGAACUGGAACCUGGGCCAAUUGUUAGGUGUCGUGGUGGUCUGCUUCUUGUGUCAGAAUUUCCACUUGAGUUGCUGUCUCAACGAUGAAGGUUUGGCUCUGCUGAGGUUUAGAGAGAGAGUGUUGAGUGAUCCAUUUGGCGCGUUGUUGGAUUGGAAAGAGGAAGAUGGAGAGGUCGAUCCGUGUUCGUGGUUUGGGGUUGAGUGCUCAGAUGGAAAAGUUGUGGCCUUGAACUUGAAAGAUCUUUGUCUUAGAGGAACACUGGCACCUGAACUGGCAAAGCUAGUCCAAAUGAAGUCUAUUAUUUUGCGCAAUAAUUCCUUUAGCGGAAUCAUUCCUGAAGAGAUUGGGGAGCUGAAGGAGUUGGAGAUCUUGGAUUUGGGAUACAAUAACUUCAGUGGAACACUCCCACCUGAAUUUGGCUGUAAUGUUGCACUCACAACCCUUCUUGUGGACAACAAUGAGCAUCUUGGCGACUUACCUCCUGAUGGACUUCCGACGCUUUCUGAAUCUCAAGCAGAUGAAAAUCAGCUUUCUAAUGCAGCUGAAGGAUCAUCUUGCCACAAAAGAUCCGUUGCUUGGAACGUUGCCCAAACUGAAGACACGUUUCACAGGAGAUUGCUGAAAAACAUAGAUGAUAAACCACAAAAUAUCGAAAUCACAGCUUCACCACCUCCAAUAAAAGUUAUUAUUUCUUCAGCACCACCAUCACCAUCCCCUUCACUGUCAGCAUCAUCUGAGCGGGCAAAAAUGGAUUCCCCUACUCCAUCGACUUCUCCACCUUCCCAACCUUCUUCGGCAACUUCCCCUGCAGGAAGCCCCGCAUCAUCGGCUAAAGGACCUAAUCAUCUAGCUGCAAUAUUGGCCGGAGCAAUAGGGACCAUUCUAAUUUCAGCCAUUGGUGUAUAUCUCUGUAAAAGCAAUAAGGUAGCUACUGUCAGACCUUGGGCCACGGGAUUAAGCGGACAGCUUCAGAAAGCAUUUGUAACUGGUGUUCCAAAGCUCAAGAGAUCAGAUCUUGAAGCAGCUUGUGAAGAUUUCAGUAAUGUAAUUGGUUCUUCGCCAAUUGGUACAGUUUACAAAGGGACACUGUCUAGUGGAGUCGAAAUAGCUGUGGCCUCUGUUGGAGCAACAUCUGCCAAGGAUUGGUCAAACAGCUUAGAAGCACAGUUUCGGUGGAAGAUUGACACAUUAUCAAAAGUCAACCACAAGAAUUUUGUCAGCCUUCUUGGAUAUUGUCAGGAAGAUGAGCCUUUCACCAGAAUGAUGGUAUUUGAAUAUGCUCCAAAUGGAACACUGUUUGAGCAUCUACACAUAAAAGAGGCUGAACACUUGAACUGGGGAAUGCGACUGAGAAUUGCAAUGGGAAUGGCUUACUGCCUUGAGCAUAUGCACCAACUGAACCCACCUAUAGCCCACCACAACCUGAACUCAUCAGCUGUCAGUCUGACUGAGGAUUAUUCGGCCAAAAUAUCAGAGUUCAGUUUCUGGAAUGAGAUAGUUGCAGCUGAGAUAGAAUCAGCUGGAUUAAAGAAUUUAUAUACACCAUCAGUAGAUCCAGAAAGAAAUGUUUACAGCUUCGGUGUCAUAUUGUUUGAAAUCGUUACUGGUAGGCUCCCUUAUUCCGUGGACAAUGGUUCACUUGAAGACUGGGCAUCUGAUUAUUUGAGAGGGGGGCAACCGCUCAGAGAAAUUGUCGACCCAACUUUGACAGCCUUUCAUGAGGAGCAACUGGAGCUAAUGGGUGAAGUGGUAAAAUCUUGCGUCCACCCUGACCCUAAACAGAGACCAGCAAUGAGAGAAAUCAGUGCAAGAUUGAGAGCCAUAACUGGAAUAACGCCUGAAGGAGCAAACCCAAAACUUUCUCCUCUGUGGUGGGCAGAGCUUGAGAUUACGUCUGCAGAUGGAAGCUGAAGUGUACAACUUGAAAACCAGGAAUUUUCUACAGUUGGUGAGGCGCUAAAGAAAUGCCUGCAUGUUGAUAUGGCUUUUAUUUCUCCCAGAGUAAUAGAAAUUACCUGUAUAUAACUCAUCUAGGCAAAUCUGGCGUUAUCAUUUUUUCUUUGACCGUGAAACUUAUAUGGAAGCACACAAUAUAGCAUAAGCA